GCUUCGAGAGUCCAGCUGGGGUCCGGGUGCACCCUCGGGUUGUAGAUCAGAGGGGCGGGACCAUGUGGCUGCCCCCAGCUCUACUCCUCCUCAGCCUCCCAGGCUAUCUCUCCAUCCAAGGCCCGAAGUUUGUGAGAGGCUCAGAGCGGGGCUCCGUGAAGGUGGAGUGUCGCUACAAACCAAAAUGGGAGACCUACACGAAGUGGUGGUGUCAAGGAGCAAGCUGGGAAUCAUGCAAGAUCCUCCUUCAAACCACAGGGUCAGAGCAAGAAGUGAAGACAGACCGUAUGUCCAUCAGGGACAAUCAGAGCAACCACUCUCUCACCGUGACCAUGACGCAGCUCAGGCGAGACGACACUGACAUUUACUGGUGUGGGAUUGAGAGACUCGGACCUGACCUUGGGGCACAAAUUAAUGUGACCGUUGACCCAGAGGCAACCACACCAGCAAGCCUGCUAACUGCCAGCAACCAAACAGGAGUGUCCCCUGGCUCCUACAUCCGGACCGGCUACAUGCUCCUGGUCUUCGUGAAACUGCCUGUCUUGCUCAUCUUGGUCGGUGCUGUCCUCUGGUUGAAGGGGCUGAAGUACAACAGGGACUGGCCAUCUACACGAACUUGUCCUCUGACCUUCUGACCAAGGACACAGCCCCUUAGACAGAGGGAUGGGAUGAACCUUCCGACCCUGGACCCUAUUUCCAGAGGACACACAGGAUGUGGAAGAAAUGCCUCUGAGUCCUCAGGAUGCAAGGGCUGAGGCUGGGGGCCCUGGAGGCUGGCCGAGCACCCUCCUGGCUCUGCACAGCUCAGGGACACAGCUCGGCGUCAUCGCCGCCUGGAGCACCAGCACCUUGUUCCUACUUCUCACGUAGCAAAAGCCCCACCCCACCCCGCCAGGGGUCGGAGCUUAUGGUCAGGAGCUGUUGGGGUGGAGUCCAAGGGCAGACGGCCAUGUCCCCACUGCGGGAACAACUCGGGCACAGAGCCAGGGACACAGCGAGAAGCAGCAGGGAUGUGGGAGAGAGACUGAGAGAUGCAGCCCUGCCCAGUGCCUGGUUUGCUCCAGGCCGGAGACCAGCCCAGCCCCCUCUGUGUCUCAGUUUCUGAUGUAUGAGAUUUUUCUUAAGCUAGUCAAGUUGGGUUGUGAUGGCUUGUGCCCCUGAGAACCCCAGCUGAUGCACACAGAGGGUGAUUCUGCAGUGAGUUCCCGGUUCUGGGGUCUGAGAGCUUGGACAUCCCCUCUGCCCAGGGAGGACACCGCUCUGAGUACAUGGACAGAGGGACGACCGGGAGCCUUCCUGGGCCCAGGCCCAGUGCUGGCCUCCCUCCUUCCUCCUCCUCCUCCUCCUCCUCAUCCAUCCUGGCUCCCUAGCUCCCUGCCCCACCCCACCCAGGGGCUGGGGCUUCCUGGGAGCUGUGACUUGGGAGUCUGGCCUGCGCGUCCCCUCAGCACCACUGCUCAGCUCUCCCAUGGGGCUGCUGGGCCUGGAAACUACCUCAAGAUUGGGGAGGGUGGGGUCACAAAGCCAGUCUGAGGAAAUGAUGUCGUCUCUUUUAAAUAACGUUGUUCAAAUAAUGUUAAUUAAAACUGUCUGGGGGGAAUAACGUUGCCUCUCUUAAACGCUGUUGUUUAAAUAAUCUUAAUAAUGAAAAACGUCUAAGGGAAAUGACGUUGUCUCUUUCAAGCGCCUCACCGACAGCGAUGAUGUCCUUGGAUGUCACUUUGGGCCACGUGAGUCAUGGCCCUCACACCGAAGGGGGCUUCGCUUCACCUCAGGAGAAACAGUCUCAUCUGAGAUGUGCCCCCCACUUGCAAACACACACAUACACACGUUUGGACUGUUUCCCUUUGGUUUCCCUCCUCAGUUUGA